GAGUAUAAAGUUCUGAGUUUUAACUGUUGAUUCAAAAAGCUAAUCUGAGAGAGAAGUCCUGGAGCAGACCAUCGACCGAGCUCUCUCUCCAUCGUCCAUGGAUCGCAAAUAUUCGCGCGACCUCGUGCGAAAUAUUUAUCUUUUUCUUUUGCAGUUAAUUAAUGGCAUACCCUGGUUCAUCGUCAGAUCUCUAUAGAGAAACUGAAGGGGCAGAGUACAAUGAUUGGGAAGGUUAUAGUACUGAUGAUGUUCUAGUCUAUAAUCCGUAUAAUAGCGGACUCGAUUUAGCAGGAUUGCAAAAGGAUCUCACUUGGCAAAAUCAAGAUAAUACCGGAUUGCAUCUUACAAAAUUGCAAAAGGAUCUCCCUUGGCAAAAUCAAGGUGUAGCACAUUUUAGCCCGGCUGCUAGUAGAAGGGAAAAGAAAAGAUUGUACGACAAAUCUUACCACGAGCGAGAGAAGCUUAAAAGAAAGAAGAUGGAGUCUGAUUUAGUAGUGGUUGGCAGCGACAAUAAAUAUUUAAAGGGAGAGAAUGGACGGUUGAGAUCAGAUAACGAUGUGACGUAUCAAAGUCUGAAAGCAAUAGCAGCUGGGAACCAGAUACUUAAGACUCAAGUACGUUGUUUGAAGAGAGAUUCAAAUCAACAACAAGUUCUCGUGGACGCAUUUUCACGUAAACAACUGCUGAAAAGUCAUGAGGGUAGCCAGCUUUUAAUGCUUAGACAAGAAAGAGAUAGACUGCUUGGAAAUGUCGCCUGGACUCCUCAGAUGGAAGAGCAGAAACAACUUUUGGAAAGAAUAGUCAAUUUGGAACUUCAAAACAGAGCCUUAAAAUUUCAAGUUCAAGCUCUGUGCGAGAAGAUCGACAACGAUAAGAACCAUGAAUAGAGACAACUAUGAGGGAUAUAUAUAUAUAUAUAUAUAUAUAUAUAUAUUUACUCGGAAGCAUUACAUGUCCAUAAUUGUCUACACUUCUCCUCAUGCCACCUAGAUUAUGGACACUUAUGGACACCAAAAUUAUGGACACAUAUCAUUUUGGAUUUUUACAUGAAACGGUUUCGAUUCCAUCUCUUCCACUCAGGCUUCCGUUUUGUUUAGCCUCUUCUUCACGGGUUUUGUUUCUGCUCUCUUCUUUGAAACCUUUGCCCUCAGCUUCUCUAAUGUAGCCUUCAUUUGGUUUAGGAGGUUUUGGAGAACAAAUGAGAAGUUGCAAAAAGUGAGGAUUAAAAAAGAAAUUUGAAUGUAAUUAGCUUAUUGAAAUACGAAAUCUAACGGUAUGGACCUCGAGCCUC